AUGCAGUUCUUCACUCUCCUCCUCCUCGCACCCGCCCUCGUGGCCGCGACCCUCGACCCGGCCACUUCCAACACCAAGGGCAAAUGUCCCUCGACAUACGCCUGCAGCGCCACCAAGGUCUCCAAGGCCAUCCAGGCCGCCGAGUGCUCGCACAACACGCGCACCAGCAAGACUCAGACCUUCGCCGUCUUCGAAACGGACCACAAGUACGACGGCAACAACGGCUACCCCUACGGCAACUGCUCCGCGUACAUCUGUGACGCGCCGACCGAGAUGAUUGCUGACGAGGACUGCUGGACGUUCUUCUGGAGCGGCACCGGCGAGGAGAGCGGUGUCGGCACCGGUUGCAUCAAGGACCCUAAGACGGGCGAGUGUGGCUGCGAGAACUCUGACGGCACUUUCAUUCCCGGCAGUGACAGCUGCAAAUAA